GUUUUAGGUAUUUUUUAUGCGUUUUAAUAAUGGCGCAGUCUUGAGUCUGCUCUCCUCCCCUCGAUCCGCCGCUAAUCCAAUGGCUGUUUGCGCCAGGAAGAGCAGGGGUGGGAACGGAACGGAACACCCUGAACCACGUUUCUUCUGGACCCCAACUUGGAAGCUAGCCUUUCCUUGAGCCGGAUUAUUUAUGGAAGAGUUGCGCAGCUCAGGUGGUUGCCUUAGUGAUGGAUGGGGAGUCGGAACCAAACCCUGUCGUGGCAGAAGAGACGGGGGAGCAGGUAGAGCCCAGGAAUGCCACUCCUUCCCCUGAGCCACAGACCACGCCUCCCAACGAAGAGUCUGGGGAGGCAGUUUCCAUGGUAACGGAAAGCGAAGCCCUAAAGGAGGGUGGCACAGAGGACAAUGAUGAUGAUGUGGUUCUCGUAGGGGAGGAGGCUCGCCAGCCCUCUACCACAACUACCUCCUCCCAAGACACACCCAGCACAGACUGCCUAGAGGUGGAUGAAGCAGCAGUGGACACGGCAGCAAUGCCCUCCAAGACCCCCAGUUCUCCUGUGUCUUCCAAUGCAUCUAUGGUGGCAGCAUCUCAGAAGCCUGCAAUCACAUCACUAGAACCUAUUGUCAUUGAUGAUGAGGAGGACUCUGGGCAGAAAGAUGUUUCCACCUCCUCACCAGGUCUCCCUGGAGGCUCCUUGGCAUGUCCCUCACCUGGUGCACUCAGCAGCACUGAGCCAGAUUCAGAGAUCAGGAUUGCCAGUGUCACCACACUGGGCUCCAGCAGCCAGAAAGAAAGCUCCACACUUUCUGAAGCAGACACAUCGCCACAUCCAGCAGACGUCCAAGCUGAUAUGAACCUGAUGAUCACCUCUGUGACGUCACUGCAAGGAGGAGCUGCAGCUGUUAUAGCGGCAGGUGAAGGCCAGGCAGAGGAAAAUGGUCUGCAGAUCAGCAGUGCCUUCAGCCUGAAUCCCGACACCCCAUCUGCUCGACCAACCACGUCCUUUAACCCGGGGCGGGGCUCAGACUCCAUCACCCAGCUGGUUCAGAAUGGAGACACGGUUACACACAGCAGAGCAGAUUCAUGGAUCUCACAGUCAGCUUCUGUCCCCCGCAACCAAAAGCAGACAGGGGUGGACUCUCCAUCACCGGCCACUUCGCUGCCAAAACCAGCAGGCCAGUCUUCCUCAUCCACUUCCUCCUCAGGCUCCCAGACACAACCCAGGACAGUCAAGGUGACCUGCGCUAACUGUAAAAAGCCUCUAAAGAAAGGCCAAACGGCCUACCAGCGUAAAGGCUCCACACACCUGUUCUGCUCUACCACCUGUCUCUCUGCCUUCUCACACAAACCUACCCCCAAGAAGAGCUGCACCAUGUGCAAAAAGGACAUCACAAAUAUGAAGGGUACGAUUGUGGCGCAGGUUGACUCCAGUGAGUCUUUCCAAGAGUUCUGCAGCACUGGUUGUCUAGGUGCAUACGAGAACAAGCAAAACCCUCCCAAAUCAGGCCUCAAAACCAAAUGCACUGUCUGUGGCAAGCUCACAGAGAUACGGCACGAGGUUAGCUUUAAGACUGUGACCCACAAGAUAUGCAGCGAUGCAUGUUUUAACGCUUACCGCAGGGCCAACGGGCUGAUCAUGAACUGCUGCGAGCAAUGUGGUGACUACCUGCCCAGCCGGGCAUCGGCCAACCACUUCCUGCUGGUCGAUGGCCAACAGAAACGCUUCUGCUGCCAGAACUGCAUCAGGGAAUACAAGCAGGCCCACAGUAAACUCGCAAGCUGCCAGACAUGCAAAACACUAAUCAAGACAGGCGAGGUGCUCCACAGCCUCGGGGCGAGCGGCACCAUGGGCUCCUACUGCUCCGUUAGCUGUAUGAACAAGGGCAAGCUGGCAUCAACAUCCUUCCUCAACACAGAACCCACAUGUCAUUUCUGUAAGAGGAAUUCGUUACCGCAGUACCAGGCCACAUUACCAGAGGGGAACGUCCUUAAUUUCUGCAGCUCACAAUGUGUUACAAAGUUCCAGAAUACUACUCUUCAGACAACCACAAAUGGACAGAUGCCUCUCUCCACCACAAACAACUCUGUCCAGCUUAAAUGUAACUACUGUCGAGGAGCGUUUAGCUUGAAGCCCGAAAUUCUGGAGUGGGAGGAUAAAGUUUACCAGUUCUGCAGUAAAACGUGUUGUGAGGACUACAAAAAGCUUCACUGCAUUGUAACGUUUUGUGAGUACUGCCAAGAAGAAAAGACGCUACAUGAGAUGGUUAAGUUUUCUGGGGUCAAGAAGCCGUUUUGCAGUGAAGGUUGUAAGCUGCUAUUUAAGCAGGAUUUUAUCAAACGUUUGGGUCUGAAGUGCGUGAGCUGUAACCACUGCAACCAGCUCUGUAAGAGAGGCGUGACCCGUCAGCUGGGUGGCAUGACCCGGGACUUCUGCAGUGAGGCGUGCGCCAAGAAGUUUCACGACUGGUACUACAAGGCGGCGAGAUGUGACUGCUGUAAGGUACAGGGAAACCUGACUGAGUCUGUGAUGUGGAGAGCAGAAAUGAAGCAUUUCUGUGACCAGGAUUGUCUGUUGAGGUUCUACUGCCAGCAGAACGAGCCCAUUAUGGUCACACAGAAAGGCCCCGAGAACACCAGCCUGGGGUUAGACGUGCAGGGGAACAAACUCGGGCUGGUGAACCAGAGUACCGCAGCAUACCCCAGCGGGGGUUUGGUAAGAGAUGUGAAGAACAAGGCAGUGCUCUGUAAGCCGCUCACCCUGACCAAAGCCACCUACUGCAAGCCACACAUGCAGAGCAAACCUCUGCAGACGGAUGUGGAUGAUGGUGUAAAGAGGGAGUACAUUCCUGUACCUAUACCUGUGCCCGUCUUCAUCCCCAUACCCAUGAAUAUGUAUUCCCAGGUCACUCCUACUGCAGUCUCUUUGCCUGUACCGCUUCCUGUGCCUGUAUUCCUGCCCACCACCCUGCAAGGGGCAGAACAGAUCGUUCAGACCAUCAAAGAUCUGAAAGCUGAAGUUCCCUGUGAUCCCCUGGAGUCUGACCUGCUCUCCAUGGCUGAAAUGAUCACAGAUGAGCAGAAGCCAGAUGUAAAACCAGUAAAAAUAAAAGUGAAGACGGAGCGCGGGGGAGAGGAGUCUUCAAGUAGUUGCUCAGAGGAAGAAGGAGGGCAACUGGAGGAGGAAAAGUAUGAGCCUGACCUGGAUCUGGAGACAGACUUCCCUCAAGCCUCAGACCCUGUUCCGGUUCUGGAGGGAAUGGAUGAGGAUAUGGGCUUCUCUCUACCUCCAGUCCUGGCUGAGGAGUCGGCCCCUCGACCACAACCAAGGAAACUCGGUAACAAAAAGCAGGCGGUUGAAGAGGGUUCAUCCACUUCUUCUCAUCUAACUAGCAAAUCAUCAGAGGGACGAUCGCUGCCUCUCAAAGCUCGCUAUGGCAUCAAUGCCUGGAAACGCUGGGUGCUGUCGCUCCCUGACAAAUCAGAAGAUGCCAAAGUAAAAGGUGGCUCCAAACCAGUGCGGCCUAAAAGUAACCUGUUAUUACUGAGUUCAGAGGAGCUGAAUGAGACGCUGUCCCAGUUCGUCAAGGAGGUCUGCAGGCCCAAUGGGGAGCGCUACUCUCCUGACAGCAUCCUCUACCUCUGUCUGGGGAUCCAACAGCAUCUUCAUGCCAAAGGCCGGAAGGAUGACUUGUUCAGUGACCCAUGCUACCAGGAGUUUGGACUGGAGCUGAACAAAGUUCUCAAAGACUGGCAGCCCAGUGUGCUUCCUGAUGGCUCGCUGUGGGGUCGAGUGGAGGAGCAGAGUCUGUGGAGCAGCCUGCACCUCGGCGAGCAAAGUCCCGCCGCCCUGCUGCGCUCUCUGGUUUACCUGAACACCAAAUACUUCGGACUUCGCACCGUGGAGCAACACUUGCGCCUCUCCUUCGCCAACGUCUAUGGCCCUGACACAGUUCAUCCUGUUACCAAGGAAACAACUGUCUGCAUCCGUAUCCCUUCCAUCUCUCAGGAUGACCACGGGUCUAGAAAGAGGAAGCGCAAAUUAGAGGAUCAUGAGCGGGAUGAAGACGAUGACUCAGGAGACUCCUCUGUUCGCUGCCCCGUUAAGAAGCAUGAGUGUCAUCUCUACGAGCUCUACAGAUCCAAGUGCCCACCGUCAUUGCGGGAGCGCCUUGAUGUCUUCUACGUUCAGCCAGAUCCGGCCUCCGGCCCCGAUGAUCCGCUGUGGUUCAGCUCAAUGCCACUGGAGCGACAGAUCCUCGAGGGCCUCCUCACCAGAGCCCUUCUGGUCAGGGACAUUUACACAGACAAGCAACACUUGGAGGAAGAUGAGGAGGAGGAAGCAGAUCGGAGUGAGGAAGUUGGAGGAGAGUAGCAGCUGCUUGAUUUCUUUAGUAGAACCCUGUGACAUGUAAGGUGUCUCGUAAUAUGUGUCCUCUUCAACUGUCUAGUGUCUCUUUACCCUCUUCAGAGACUUUGUUUCCUCCUGGCGAGGGACGUCCACAACAAAGUUAGAGGAUGAUGAUGGCGGUGAAGAGAAGCCCAAACUUGUACUUUUGCCUCAAAAAGGAAACCAGGGGACAGAAACUUUGAUUUCAUGAGCCAGAAGAAAAGUACACGCUCGUACUUCAGUUACAGUGGAGCUGCGAGUUAUUCCCAUAGUCAUAACUGCAUUAAAUCAAAGACUUAAGUUUCUGGAUGGUUCUCAUGUUUUGUUUUGUUGUUUUUACUAGACAGAAGUCUGAAAUGCAGAGGGUUUAUCGGUCUCAGACAAACUUCUAAAACAUUUGGAAACAGCUCCACUUCUAAUUCUACACAUUUGUCAGCAGCCACCAGGAGGCCACAUGGACGCUAGCGAGCUGUUUAGUAACACGUUCAUGUCCUCCUCGCCUUCUCUGUCAAAAGGAAAUGUGGGGUGUUUGAGGGCGAGAUGAGAAUGAAUGAGCAAGGGUGAAGAAAUAGUUAAGAGUACCUCAGAGCUGAUGCUGAGAUGAAAUCACAGCUGGUAGGUGAAAAUUCAGUAGUUCAGCUUCUAAACUCUAGUAGAAUCAUGGCUGGCAGACGGGAUUUAUUCAGAGGUUCACAGCGGUUUUCAUGUGAUCAUGUUUCUGGCAGAUCCGCCUCAGUUUGACUAAAAUCAUCAGACUGUACUUUAGAGUAUUAUCUGAUGCAUGUCAGAGGAAGAAAACUUUCACUUUUCUGUUUCAUUCUGAGCUGAAAUUAAAGCACUGACAAGCUUGCGAUGCAGUUAGGCUAUAAUUUGUUUACACCAUCAAGCAAAAUUGUAUACCUUUUCAGUUUUGUUUUUCCAGUUAUCUUGAUUUCUAUUGAUAAUUAAACUCCAGUUAAGAGAGGAAUUUCCUGUCAGUUCAUCAGUAUAUCUACUUCUGCAGCCUGGACAGAUGCUGUUGCAUAAUGUCGUAAAUAUGGUUUUAUAUUCACUACAUUUCUUCAGAUGCUGAGGCGUACGUCAGGCAAGUAUUUUAGGGCAAUGUUUACAUAGCGAGCAGUUUUUAGGUUGAAUUAUCAAAAAUAUUUAAAGGACCGAAAUUUGCCUUUUCACUGAUUAAUCGACUCUAACUGACAGUAUUCGUUGGCAUGAACCUUCACGUCCAGGAAGCAGUUGUGUCACUCAAAAGGUUGAUCUUUUAGAGCACAAGAGGUCAGAUAAUAGAUUAGAUCUGCUGCUAGUAACUAAAUUAAAUCCAGUGUGAGAAAUUGGCCAAAAUCAUUGAUUGUCAAACAAGCAAAGAAACAAAGCUGCUCAUCCGUCAUCUCAAUCCCGGGUGAAAUUAACGAUGAAAGAAAUCAAGACUGGCUGGUAAACUAUCCACAUCUUUUUCAAGCUCAUCAAAUAAAGUGAUCUGCUUUUUCUAUUGUGUCCAGUUAGAUCUGAUGAAUUCCCAGUUAAGAGGCUAUGUUAGAGCCAGCCAUCAGAUCACAAACACAAAUGGUUUUUGAGCAUUUUGAUGAUUAUCAGGGUUUUGUGGUGAUAAAUGCUGAAAACUCUUCAGUGUAAAAAAACAAAAACUAAGUUUUUAUUGUGAUCACUGCCUGAGGAUGGGAUUUCUGACUUUCCAACGUCCUCCAGAAGGCAGCAUAUUGUCAGCCGCCUCUUCCUUGUCGUACCACGUCUCCUUUAGCUGGGCUGCUUUCACACCCUCCCUCCCAUUGUCCUGCUCCUUGCUCUUCCUCCAUCAGCACUGCUCUCAGGCGAAACCUUUGCACCACAGAGGACUUCCUCAGUCAGGUUAAUAAAACUGUUCUUUAGACUGAUCCGACUGCCUGUGGUGCAUGGGACAGGCUACCUAACAACAUGCUGCGUUUCUUUCUAGGACAUUAGGGGAACCUUCAUUCCUGUGAUGUAGCAUUACCUGCGUACUAAGCCCAGAUUGGGUUGCUUCGAUGUGUAAAUAUCUCUGGAACAAGGCAGUUUCUUCACAUAGAGACGACACAGAGGGACUCUGUAGUUUGGGAUAAAGAAAACUUCAGCUUGCAAACCUGCCUGCUGAGAAGCCUUUUGUUUAGUUUUUUGUUGUUUUAGUUUUUUAAGAAGACUUAUUUAUUUCUUUUUUAUUAGUUUGUAUCUUUAUGUUGGGAUUUUUACACGCAGCAUUUCCUUCUCUCCAGUCGCCGCCGCAGUCCUGCACCUUUUCCGAUCUAUUAAUAAUGGAGAGGUAUCGGGGAAGGAUUUGGCUAAACAUGAAGGAUGAGAAGUUUUCAUAAUGUAGAGAUCUAUUUGUGAAGUCUCUUUUUGUCCAUGUGUUUUCCCAUUCUUCUAAACUGUUGUAGAGUUUUAGUACUGCAAAGUCAAAGCUUGUAUUGUGACAGAUAAUUGGUCGGAUAUUUUAUUUUAUUUUAUUUUAUUUUUCCCCCCUUUUCACCUAAACACAAGUUGUCUGAGUUACACCAUCAACAGCAAAACUUUCACUUUAUAAAAUUUGUUUAGACAUUUCCUCUUGUUCUGUGUGCAAACUUGCUAUUUGUUUUGACAUUAAGUUAAAAAAUCCAUUUAGGAUUUUUUUUUUUUUUUUUUUACCUCAUUAGAAUAAGCUGUUAAUCUGGGUAUGUAUAAUAAAUCAGGAUUCUCUAACCUCAUGAAAGGAAUCUCAAACUUCCUCCUGUUUUAAAACAUUUUCUUUGCACAGUCCAAAUCACUGCUCCCCCAGAGUUUUAUUUUGGCUAAAGAGCAGAUGUUCCCGUUAUUUUGUACACCUGAAUGCGUUUUGAUGUGAAUCAGCAGUGAAAUCCAUCAGGAUCAGCUGUAUUGAAUUUAAACUGACGAUAUUCACGAUUAGUGUCACCAGCCCACAAUCCAAACCUUUACACCUUGUAUGUUGGUAAACCCUGGAUCAGACGGCACUGGUUAACCAGAUAAAUUAUGCUUUCUUUCUUAUUUCCCUUUUCCAGUUGGACUGAGAGACAGCAACCAAACCUGCCACAGGUUUGGACCUACAGUAGACGCUGUGGCUGGCUUUGAAGCCUAAUGUGAAUGUGCCUAUCUGUAUAUAAUGAAAGUGAGUGAUUGUGACUUGAAUCUUAUGCUCUGUGUGUUGGCUGAUCUGCUGGAUACGGUUAUGUUUAAUAAAUGAUUUCGUUUUCUAA